UUUAAGGAAUGGACCGCAACAUCUGCAAAUGUGAAGGUGCUGUGAUAAUUUUAUGCCUGAACAGCUUACUGUGAUAGUGAUUCGCGAAGAACUGUUCGUAAAAUGUAUGGUUUUGUAAACCACGCCUUGGAACUACUGGUUUUAAGAAAUUAUGGCGAAGAAGUGUGGGAAGAUAUCAAGAGGGAGGCCCAACUUGAUGUAGAGGGCCAGUUCCUUGUCAGAAUCAUAUAUGAAGAUGCCAAAACAUACGACCUUGUUGCUGCCGCAAGCAAAGUUCUCAAGAUUGAUGCAGGGUGUAUCCUCCAGAUGUUUGGGAAGAUGUUUUUUGAGUUUUGCCAAGAAUCUGGCUAUGACACCAUCCUGCGUGUUUUAGGGUCCAAUGUCCGUGAAUUCUUGCAGAAUCUAGAUGCCCUCCAUGACCACCUGGGUACCAUCUACCCUGGGAUGAGGGCUCCAUCCUUCCGCUGCACAGAUGCAGAAAAGGGCAACAACCUGAUCCUGCAUUACUACUCGGAGAGGGAGGGGCUCCAGGACAUUGUGAUCGGUAUCAUCAAGACGGUGGCCCAGCAGAUUCACGGCACAGAAAUAGAAAUGAAAGUGAUCCAGCAUAAGAGCGAAGAGUGUGACCACAUAAAGUUCCUGAUUGAGGAGAAGGACUCUGAGGAGGAGGCUUUCUAUGAAGACCUGGAUGGCUUUGAGGAGAAUGGCACGCAGGAAACCCGGAUCAGUCCCUACACCUUUUGCAAGGCUUUCCCCUUCCACUUAAUGUUCGACAGGGACCUGAUGCUCACCCAGUGUGGCAAUGCAAUCUUCCGUGUGCUGCCUCAGCUCCUGCCAGGCAUUUGCAACCUUCCUUCAGUGUUUUCUCUGGUACGUCCGCACAUCGACUUCAGCUUCCAAGGCAUGCUCUCCCACAUCAACACAGUCUUUGUUUUGCGGAGCAAGGAGGGCCUGCUGAAUGUGGAAACUUCAGAGAAUGAGGAUGAGCUGACCGGUGCUGAGAUUAGCUGCUUGAGGCUGAAGGGACAAAUGAUCUACCUGCCCGAGGCAGAGAACAUUCUCUUCCUCUGUUCUCCCAGUGUAAUGAACCUGGAUGACUUAACCCGGAGAGGUCUGUACCUGAGUGAUAUCCCGCUGCACGAUGCCACACGUGACCUGGUCCUACUUGGAGAGCAAUUCCGCGAGGAGUACAAGCUAACUCAGGAACUGGAGAUCCUAACUGACCGACUGCAGCACACCCUCCGGGCCCUGGAGGAUGAGAAAAAGAAAACAGACAGAUUGCUCUACUCCGUUUUGCCACCAUCAGUGGCAAAUGAGUUGCGCCACAAGCGUCCAGUUCCAGCCAAACGCUACGACAAUGUGACAAUCCUCUUCAGCGGCAUUGUGGGAUUCAACACGUUCUGCAGCAAGCACGCAUCAGCCGAGGGUGCCAUCAAGAUAGUCAACCUGCUCAACGAUGUCUAUACCCGAUUUGACAUCCUGACUGACUCUAGGAAGAACCCAUACGUGUAUAAGGUGGAAACAGUGGGUGAUAAGUAUAUGACUGUCAGCGGGCUACCAGAGCCAUGUAUCCAUCAUGCGCAAUCUAUCUGCCAUCUAGCCCUGGACAUGAUGGAGAUUGCUGGACAGGUCAAAGUAGACGAAGAGCCAGUGCAGAUUACCAUUGGCAUCCAUACUGGAGAGGUUGUGACUGGGGUCAUAGGUCAAAGGAUGCCCCGUUACUGUCUGUUUGGAAAUACUGUCAACCUCACAAGUCGCACAGAAACCACUGGAGAGAAGGGAAAAAUCAACAUUUCAGAAUACACUUACAGGUGUUUGCAGUCCGCAGAGAACGCUGACCCCCAGUUUAAUUUGGAAUAUAGAGGACCUAUCACAAUGAAAGGCAAGAAAGAGCCCAUGAAUGUGUAUUUUCUGUCACGCAAAAGCGAUGGCUGAUCAUACACAGAUUCUUAUCACCAGUGGAAAAAAUGCAGGACUGGAUACAAGGAAAAAAAAUAUUUUCUGGUUACAUUUUUUUGGAGUCCAGUCCAGUAUUAAAACAGAUUAUUACAUCUGCCUGACAUCAUUGCAACAAGAUAUUUUAAUGAGUUGCUUUAUCUCAAGACAUAAAUAUUUUGCCAGUCUAGAAACAUACAUUAUUGGUAUGACUGUUUCUGGUGAGGAAUAAGAUAGAUUAUUGGAUUGAUUAUAUAUGAUAUGAUACAAAUGGAUGUGAUAAUAUUAUGGCCAUUGGCACAUAGAAUUUUUCUCUUGUUCGCUAUCCAUUCCAACUUUUAAAGUAGUAAUAAAAUAUAUAAUAUAUAUUUCUUUCAAGGUAUUCCGUUUUCACUGUAUUUAUUUAUAUUGUAGUUAUUCAGCAGAUGCUUUUAUUCAGAGUAAUUUACUUUUAGUCUAUUUAUCCACUAAUGUAUCCAUGCACUGAUUUUUGUAUAUUAUUUUAAAAUAUAAGUAUAAAUUGAUAGGACAGAAUUCAUAGGCCAAAUAUAAUUGUAACCGUUCUAACUCCAUAUUCUGUCUGAUACACUGAACUUUUGGUAAAAACAGUUAAGAUUUCACUUCACUGUCCAAAUGCUAAUAUUCUAAUACCAAGUGUAACAAGAAUGAGUGUAACAUUUAUUUGGAACUAUACCCAUCCAAAAACAUUGUUAAUGUGCCAAGUGCCUCACAAUGUAGUGUGCUAUUUUGCAGAAGAAGACUGUUGUUUCUGCUUAAAUUAAUAUACUCUUUGUGUCAUUGUUUAAUUUGUCGAAUAAAAUUAGGUUAAAGGA